AGUAGGAACACCCCGACUUAUUUCUCGCCGUUGGCCUCUUCGCUUCCUACGUGUCGUCGCGCAUCCGCCCACAACCCACAGAUCACUGCCCUGCUUCUGCCUGCCGCUAGCAAGCGAGCGAGAGAGAGAGAGAGAGAGAGAGAUCGGUUGAGGAGGGGGAGCUGCGAUGGCCGGAGUGGUGAAGGUCGGGAGCCGGCCGCCUUGGGUGGGGCUGGCGGCUGCGGUUUGGGUGCAGGUGGCGGCGGGGGCGGGCUAUACCUUCCCCCUCUACUCGCACGCCCUCAAGAAGGCGAUGGGCUACAACCAGCAGCAGCUCACGUUUCUUGGCGUUGCCAACGACUCCGGCGAGAACUUCGGCCUCAUCGCCGGCGUCCUCUGCAACCGCCUCCCUCCCUGGUUUGUCCUCCUCGUCGGCGCUGCCUGCUGCUUUCUCGGUUUCGGCACUCUGUGGUCCGCCGUCAGCCUUACCGUCACCGGCCUCCCCUACUGGCUGUUAUGGAUAGCACUGUGCAUUGCUACCAAUAGUAGUGCCUGGUUUGGGACAGCUGUCCUAGUCACCAACAUGCGAAACUUCCCUCUCAGCAGAGGGACUGUUGCUGGCAUUCUCAAGGGUUAUGUUGGGCUCAGCGCUGCAGUUUACACUGGAUUGUACACUGGUGUACUUCACAGCUCGUCGACAAAGUUAUUGCUGUUUCUUACUCUUGGAUUGCCUAUCAUAAGCCUUGCAAUGAUGUAUUUUGUUAGGCCUUGCACACCAUCCUUGGAAGAAGACUCAUUGGAGCAAAGCCAUUUUAUGUUUACCCAGAUCUCAAGCAUAUUUUUGGGUCUCUAUCUACUCGCCUACACAAUCUUGGAUGAUGUUCUCCCAUUAACUGAUGGUGUUAUCUAUAUUUUGUUCGGUGUAAUGGUGCUCUUUCUCCUGGCCCCCCUUGCCAUCCCAAUAAAGAUGACAAUCUUUCCAAGGAAUCGCAAGACAAAUGUUGCUAGUGACACAGGUAGCACUUCACAUCAAGUAACUACGGGGGCUGGUGAUGAAGAACCAUUGCUAGCGACAUCAUCAUCAAACAAUUUGGGGAAUGCGCAGGAGAAUGAUGAUGCUUCGGAUGUUGACAUGCUUUUAGCUGAAGGAGAAGGUGCAAUUAAAAAGAAGAGAAGACCCAAGAGGGGGGAUGAUUUUGAGUUUCAUGAAGCAUUGGUUAAAGCUGAUUUUUGGCUUCUAUUUUUAGCAUACUUUCUUGGGGUCGGCUCAGGUGUUACAGUGCUCAAUAAUCUGGCUCAAAUUGGAAUUGCUUUUGGUCUUGAAGAUACAACCAUAUUGCUAUGCCUCUUCAGCUUUUGCAACUUUGUUGGUCGCAUAGGCGCUGGUUCAGUAUCUGAGCAUUUUGUCAGAUCAAGAAUGCUUCCUAGACCAAUCUGGAUGGCAUGUACCCAAGUGGUCAUGGCUGUAGCCUACCUUCUCUAUGCUACAGCCAUCAGCGGCACUCUUUAUGCUUCGACUGCCUUGCUCGGUAUCUGUUAUGGCGUUCAGUUUUCUGUGAUGGUGCCAACUGUCUCUGAGCUCUUCGGCUUGAAGCAAUUCGGACUACUCUACAACUUCAUGCUACUGGGAAAUCCACUGGGGGCCUUCUUCUUCUCCGGUCUUCUCGCCGGAUAUGUAUACGACAGCGAAGCCGCCAAGCAAGACCCAAGUUCAAGCACUUGCUUGGGGCCCAACUGCUUCAGGUUAACAUUCUGGUUUCUUGCUGGGAUAUGCUGUUUGGGAACCUUGUUGAGUAUAAUUCUAUCAGUGAGAACAAGGCCAGUGUACCAGAUGCUCUAUGCCAGUGGAUCCUUCAGGCUGCCUCGAAGUUCACUGCAUUGAUUGUACUCUGUUUUGGAAUUAUUUUGUUGUGUAUUAGUGCAGGACCGUUGCUGCUAGCUGCAAAUCUAUGUUGUUAUGAAGCCGUUAACUAUAGUGUUCUUGGAUUUUGGAUUACAGAAUGGUUCUGAGAAAAAGAGGUGUGGCGUUCAAUCUAA